AGCUAAAAAUAUACGCGAAUUAUCUUUCCUGAAUUUAUUGUUUAGAUUGGACCACAUACACAAACAUAUUUUGGGAUUACGCAUUAAUGUUGUUUUCUUUCAUCAACCGUCUGGCUAUAUAAUUUUAAUUUUCACGGCCACACUCGCUAGUCGAUUUUUGUUGGUGAUUCAGUUACAAGAGAAGUGCGGCUGGUGAAACGUGUGUGGUUUGUGAAAAUGAUUCUUGCACGAAGGAAAUACUUUGAUGCCAAUCAAUUGAGAUAUUUCUCAGUUCAAGCAAAGAGAUUAACAGAUGUCGAAGAGAGUGUUUUCGAGGAGAAUUGGAAAUCAGCAAAGCCCUAUGAUAAGAUUCCUGGUCCAUCGGGUUUGGGCUUCUUUCGGAGCUUCAUGCCAGGCGGAAGAUUCCACAAAAUCGAUUUAGUCGAAGUUACGAAAAUCUUAAUGAAAGAACAUGGAGAUAUUCUAAAAAUGCCGGGAACUUUCGGUAUGAGAGAUCGUGUAUUGCUGAAAGAUCCAAAAGAUUUCGAAGUUGUUUUCCGGACUGAAGGACAAUUUCCCAUUCGGCGGGGAUUCGAUGUUAUGGCCUAUUACCGUAAGGUACACCGAAAGGACAGAUACACAUACUCAGCGGGACUUCUCAAUGAACACGGUGAAUCAUGGUGGGAUCUCAGGCAUAAAGUUAAUGGUGUUAUGAUGAAGCCUCAGAUUACAAAGAACUACACUUCAGCUGUUGACGAAGUUAGCACGGAUUUUGUCAAAAGGCUACACAAACUGAGGGACUCAAACCUGGAAACACCGCCUAAUCUUAUCUAUCACCUCAACGUUUGGGCGUUGGAAUCAAUCGCCUAUAUCACUAUGAACCUGAGGCUUGGCCUUAUCAGUGAUAAACCCGAUGCAGCUAUUGAUAAAUUUUCACAAAACCUCAAAAUAGUUUUCCAGCUAAUGAACGAUCUUGACUUCCAGCCAUCUAUCUGGAAAAUCUACAAGACACCCAAAUUCAAUCGUUUCCUGAAAAUUAUGGAUGAGCUCGAGGACUUCAUUGUAAAGUACGUUGAUAAGGGAGUGGAAAAUUUAAAGGAAAAAGCCGCAAAAGGGGAGAUCAGUCAAGGGGAAAAGAGUGUUUUGGAAAAACUCUAUGAAAUUGAUAGAAAUGUUGCUUUCCUCAUGACUCUAGACUCCUUGCUAGCAGGAGUAGACACUACAGCUGGAGCCACCUUUUCGACCCUCUACAACCUGGCUAAGAAUCCCGAGAAGCAGAAUAUCCUCAGGGAAGAAUUGCUGAAGAUUCUCCCCGAGAAGGACUCUCCACUAACAACGGAAAAUAUGAAAAACAUGCCUUACUUGAGGGCCUGCAUUAAGGAAGCAAUAAGAUUAAUGCCAGUUAUACCUGGUAAUCUAAGGACAACAGGACAGGAUAUUGUUCUGAAAGGAUAUCAAAUUCCGAAGAAUACCGAUAUUAUUAUGUUCAAUCAAUUCCUACAUUUGGAUGAAGGCUACUUCCCAGAUGCUAAAGCCUUCAUUCCUGAACGCUGGCUUAGAUCGCAGGAAAAGCAUGAGAAUUACAAUCCAUUCACGUAUCUUCCAUUUGGAUUUGGGAGCCGCAAUUGUGUUGGGCGGAGAUUUGCCGAAAUGGAAAUUGAGACUUUAGUUUCACGGCUAGUCCGGAAUUACGUCCUGGAAUGGCAUCAUCCUCCCCCGACUAUACGCUCAAUAGCCAUUAAUAUGGCUACAGGAGAUCUAAAGCUGCGUCUACGAGACUACCAAUGUGGCUACACAUCCUACUCAUCCACCAAGAACUACUACUGUCCCUACAACAACAACUCCGCCUACUACGACUACUCCUCCUACGACUACUACAGAGGCUUCAACGACUACUCCGCCUACGACUACUACAGAGGCUACAACAACUACAACAGAAGCAGUCAGUUCGCUUCCAAUUACUUCAGCAUUCGCACUUUCAAUUCCGAUCACUACGUCAUCAGCAUACUGCAGAAUGAAGCAGUUACGUGGAACAUAGCGCUCGAUAUCAUGGACAUAGAGAUUAUACAAGCAAGCGAAACGCAACUGAGGAUAGAUGGUGUUUGCGUGCCCUAUUCCAAUUGCACAUGUGGCCCAAAUGAACGCUACGACUAUGGGAAUGAAUGCGAGGAGUCUUGCGUUGAUCAAGCCACGUGCAUUGGUUUACCUAAAUACCUAUGCUGCACCUGCAUUGAUUACUACAAACGCAUCAAUGGAACCUGUGUACUUGAAGGCAAUUGCACAUGUGGCAAAAAUGAAGUGUACACCCCACUCAAUGAAUGUUUCGAUACAUGCUUCGGGAAUCCCUAUGAUUGCUUAAAGCAAGUCUCGUACAAUCGAUGCAGCUGUGGUGGAGGAUUCAAGAGAGUCAAUGAAACAUGCGUUUCAUAUGAUAAAUGUACCUGUCCUGAGCAUGAGGUCAGUGCUGUUGGUAAUUCCUGCUACGACGAAUGCGGAAGUAAACCAUUAGACUGUGCUCAAAUCUUUGCCUACCCAACGUGCCUUUGUGAACCAAACUAUGCUAGAAUUGAUGGAGUUUGCGUCCCAGACUGUGAAUGUCCUUGUGGACAACAUGAAGAGUACAAAAUAUCCAGUGAGUGCAUUGAAAAAUGCGGAGAAACUGCUAAGAGUUGCAAGGAUGAAUAUCAAUGGAAGCGAUGCACUUGUAAGGAAAACUUCAAAAGAAUUAAUGGCACAUGCGUUCCAGAUUGCGAUUGUGGAUGCCCAGCGCAUGAGCAUAUGGAUAGCAUGAAUGACUGCUUUGAAAAAUGCGGAAUGUAUCCAGAUAAGUGUGCUGAGUUGCCUUUAGUUCGAAAAUGUUUCUGCGAUGCAGGAUAUGUUCGCGUGAACGGGACUUGUGUCAAGGAUUCCAUAUGCAAAUGUCCAGUCAAUUCAAGCUAUCGCUUUGGGAAUGAUUGCUACGAUAUGUGUGGCUCCAAUGAAGCUGAAUGUGAUUGCCAACCAACAACUAAACGGUGCAUGUGCGAUGAAGGAUACGUCAGGAUCAAUAAAGCCUGCGUUCCUGAGACCAAGUGCUCUUGUGGACUUAAUGAAGAGUACGCUCUGAGUAAUAAAUGCAUGGAACAGUGUGGCAAAUCUUUUGACGAUUGUCGCAACAAACCUAUGUAUAAGAUGUGUACCUGUCUGCCUGACUACAAGAGAAUCAAUGGCAAGUGCGUACCUGAUACAAAAUGUCCUUGCGGUACCAAGAAAGUCUAUCGAUAUGGUAGUGAUUGCUGGGAUGGAUGCAAUAGAAACAAGCAGUUGCUGCUAAACCGUCGUGGUAGAAGUUUCAAAAUGUUCAUUGCUCGCAGAAGUUACGGUGCUAAUCAGUUGCGUUCCUUUUCAGCUCAAGCUAAGAGGGCAACUGCUACGGAUUUCAAUGACGAAGCUAUUGAAACAAAAUGGCAAAGUGCCAAACCCUAUCAGAGCGUACCAGGACCAUCAGCUCUGGGCCUGUUCAGGAGUCACCUACCAGGUGGACAAUUCCAUGGGAUGCCUUUUAUAAAAAUCCACGAGAAUAUGAUUAAAAAUUACGGACAAAUCUACAAAAUGGCUGGAUCUUUCGGGAAGAGGGAUGUUGUCUUUGUGACUGAUCCCAAGGAUUUUGAGACAGUCUUCCGUACAGAAGGACAAUUCCCAAUGCGCAGGGGUUUCGACACAAUCACGUACUACCGUAAGCAGCAUAGAAAGGAGAAGUAUCCCAUUUCGGCGGGUCUUCUCAAUGAAGAAGGUCAAGCAUGGUGGGAUCUGAGGCAUAAAGUGAAUGGUGUUAUGAUGAAGCCACAAGUUACAAAAGGCUACACCUCGGCUGUUGAUGAAGUAACAUUGGACUUUGUUAAGAGGCUGCACAAUUUGAGGGAUUCUAACUUGGAUACACCGCCUAAUUUAAUAUUCAACCUCAAUCUGUUUGCCUUGGAGUCAAUAUCCUACGUCACAAUGAAUAUCCGGCUAGGACUUAUUGAGGAAAAAACAGAUGCAAAUGUUGAGAAAUUCAUGCAAAACUUCAAAAUUCUCUUUGGGCUGCUGUACGAGCUGGAUUUCAAACCUUCCAUAUGGAAGAUCUACAAAACCGCCAAAUUCCAUCAAUUUAUGCAAGUUAUGGAUGAGUUGCAUGAGGGCAUUGAGAUAUUCAUUGCUAAAGGUUUAGAGAAUUUAAAUCAAAAGAUUGCAAAAGGAGAGAAGAGUGAAGGGGAAAAGGGUGUCUUAGAGAAGCUCUAUGCAAUUGAUAAGGACGUUGCCAUCCUUAUGGCAUUGGAUUCCUUGCUAGCAGGAGUUGAUACUACAGCAACAGCUUCCUUUAUGAUUCUCUAUACUUUGGCAAAAAAUCCUGAGAAACAGGAUAUCCUCAGGGAAGAAUUGCUGAAGAUCCUUCCGGAAAAGGACUCGCCACUUACUGAGGAAAAUAUGAAGAAUAUGCCUUACUUGAGGGCCUGCAUUAAGGAAGCAAUGAGAUUAAUGCCAAAUAUCAGUGGUAUGAUGAGGACAACAGGAAAGGACAUUGUCCUGCGGGGAUAUCAAAUUCCUAAAGAAACCGAUAUUUUCAUGCUUAAUGAACUAAUACUCAAGGAUGAACACUACUUCCCACAAGCUAAAUCUUUCCUCCCUGAGCGAUGGCUGAGGUCACAGGAGAAGCACGAGAACUACAACCCAUUCAUAUUCCUCCCAUUUGGCUUUGGGAGCAGGAAUUGUGUCGGACGGAGGUUUGCAGAGCUCGAAAUUGAGUCUCUCGUGGCACGAUUGGUGAGGAAUUAUCGACUAGAAUGGCCACAUCCUCCUCCUACAAUUCGUUCAAUGUCCAUCAAUCUACCCCAAGGAGACCUUAAACUGCGUCUGAGGGAUUACCAAUAA